CUGGGUAGGCCUCGUGCAUGAUGCAAGAAGUUGAAGUUCUCUCAAAGGAGAUUCUAAAACUUUUGAAGAGGCGUCGAGUUGGUGAGCAUGGCUGCGUCCUCCGCAGCUCUUCUCCAGCAGCUGGGCAGAGGUUUCCAGCCUCUCACCUUGGGGGGAAAACGAUGCCGCUCCAUCACAAGAUACCCAAGCAAGCCUGAGGCAGUCUUCUGCGUGCAUCGAAGAGCGGCGAGUUGGUCUCAGCUGAGGAACAGGAAAUACUUCGAAAGCAGAGAGCUGAGAUCAUGCAGAGUCGUGCUGGGUCCGUCACUCAGCAUCUGUCGCCCAAACAAGGGUGGAACUUCGAUUUGGCAACAUGCUAAUGGCGUCCUGCAAACCCAGAAGGCCAAAAAGUAUUUGAUUCAGGCUGUGAGCAAUGGCGGUCCUGCGGGAAGUGAGUCAGCUGGCCCCAGCAAGAAAGAAAAAGAGGAGCGCUCAAUUGUGCUGUACGGCAAGAUUGAGAAGGUCUUUGAGGAGACUGCGAGGCGGUCACAGGGGACCGACGGGUCGGCAGGGGACUGGGAGGAGGUGGAGAAGUCGUGGGUGCUCCGGCCUUCUAAACAAGGCCCUCCAAAAGCGGUCGUUCAUUUCAUUGGAGGGGCGUUUGUAGGUGCUUCCCCGCAACUCUCAUACCGGUUGUUCCUGGAAGAGCUUGCCAGCAGGGGCUUCCUCAUCAUUGCAACCCCUUACGGGAGUGGGUUCGACCACUUCCGCGUCUCCGACGAGGCCCAGUUCAAGUUUGACCGGUGCCUGCGAAAGCUCAAGGACGGCUCUGCAGACCUGGAUUCCGUGCCAGUGUAUGGAGUGGGACACAGCCUGGGGGCCCUUGCACACCUGCUGAUAGGGGCGCGCUAUGCUGUGGAGCGGCAAGGGAACGUGCUCAUCUCGUUUAACAACAAGGCCGCAAGCAGUGCCAUUCCCUCCUUCAGCCCCGUCAUUGCCCCCCUGGCCAAGCAGUGGGGCCCCCUCAUUCAGCAGCUGUCGUCGAAUCCAGCCUUCAAGUUCGGGGCCGACCGCGCCGUCGAGCAGAUACGCGCUUCGAGCCCUGCGCUUCUUCGACAAAUUCUUCCGUUGCUCGAGCAACUUCCCCCCCUCGCGGCAGAGCUUGCCGACGGGAAAGACGAGUUUACACCAGCCCCCGAGGAGACUAGAAAGCUGCUCCGUGCUUAUUAUGGUGUCGGGCGCAAUCUAUUGGUACAAUUUGAGCGGGAUUCGAUAGACGAGACGCCGGAGUUGGCGGCGACCCUGGGGGACGGGGCGGCGUGCACGCCGUUUUUGGACAUGCAAGUCCGGACGCUGCCGGGGGACCACGCGCGGCCGCUGCAACAGUUGGUUCCUGAGCUCCCCCCUGAAUUGACGGAAGCUGCUGCCCGGGGGAGCGACCUCCUGACCAACCUAGCGGGCAUGGCCGGGCCGUCGUCGCCUUUCUCCGACCUAGCGAAAGGAUUCGGGGCGGCUUUGAAAAACGGGGUCCAGUCGGGGCAGCUUCGGGAUACGACGCGCGAAGACAUACGAAUGCUUGUAGAUGAGAUUGCCACGUGGAUGGGCGCAGACGCACAAUUUCGAAGAGGAACUUACCUGCCGGGCAGUACAGCCAUGUAACUGCCGCUUGAUUACAUAAGGAGACGGCGGCCUUAUUCAGCGCGUUCCUCCCCAAUCCCCCGCCUGGCAUUGCGCCGCGUUUCAGGGCUUGCGAGCGAAGUUUUGCCGGCGGAUUGUAUCUGUAUGGCCGCAGCAAGAUUUCGAAGAGUUUUGAUGGCACUGAGACGUCC